GCGUCCACGAGCGUCCCGUGUCCGUUCCAUUAGGACUCGAUUGGUGGCGCUUCGCGUUUCGGUGCCGGACCAGUUCUGCAGCAGCUUGCAGAUUUCGCCCCGACUGCCGGUCGCCUGCAGCAUUUCUUACUCCCAACGCCGUUCAGCUAAUUCCUCUCGCCCCGACCCUUCCUUUCAGUUUAACUCAAGUCGUCGGCAUGGCGGCAGCAGUCGGCUCGGCCUCGAUUCGCACGACCGCCUCUCGCUUUGCGUUGCUGAGGGUGGAGGGCGGUUCGUCCGAUUCCGACUCGGACUCCGGGCGGAUUAACGGCAGUCAUCGAACGGGGAAAGGUGGCCGUGUCGGAGCAGCUAAGAAAAACAGCAACGCACAGUCCGGGGCGGCGGGCGGUGGCGGCGGCGGCGGCAGUGAGAAAAAGAAACAGAAAAGGAGGAAGAAGAAAGAGCAGCUGCAGAGUGAAGCGAAUGAGCUACGAAGUCUGGCUUUUGGAAAAAGUAUAUCAAAGUCUUGUUCUCCCGGCAUAGUCGGAGUGAAUGCUGGGUCGUGUCAGUCAGAACAACUCUUGAACUGGCAGAAUCCACCAGUGGCAGAGGGUGAGAAGUGGGAGCAAUGGAGAGAAAAGGAUGAACAGCUGACCAACAAAUUGUAUGAAGCAGAUCUCCAGAAGGCUUUGCUGAUUAGCAAGUUGGAAUACGAAGAGCAUAAAAGUAGUUUAGAUGCAGAUAAUACUUCUCCUAAAACAAAAGGAACAAGUAGAAAGGAGAAACGAAAACACCUUCAAGGAAAAGAUAAACCAGCCACAGUUUCAUUGAAAGAUUUUCAGACUGACGGGAGUACAGAUCAGACAAAUAGGAAAUCUGAGGAGCCAACAUCAUUACAUGCAGCCACAGAAGAGAAUAGCUUCUUUAUUAAACUAGAAGAAGCCGCAAGUAAAAUACUAUCAAUGGAGAGGAGAAAGCAAUUAUCAAGUUCCAAUGGAUUGGACAGUAUUUCACAAGAGAGCCAAGAGGUUACUUCCAGUAAUGCAAUAACCGAACAUUUAAAAGAUCAACUGGAAAAGAAAGAACUCAAAAUUCUUCAGUUAAAACAAAUAGUUGCUGAGUGGGAAACAAAAUAUAAAGAAGUGAAGGCUAGAAAUGCUCAGCUUUUGAAGAUGCUACAAGAAGGUGAAAUGAAGGAUAAAGCAGAUAUACUUUUGCAAGUUGAUGAACUCUUGAGUAUUAAGAAUGAAUUAACUUUACAGGUUACUGGUUUACAUGCAGAGCUGGAACAAGAAAAGUCAAAAGUCAAAACUCUACAGGCUGAGUUAACAAAAUUCCAGGGAGGCAAGAAAGGAAAGAAAGUAUCUGAAUCUGAUCAUUGAAGGUUGCACCAUUUACAUACUAUGAAGCCCAUGGCAAAAAAAAGAAAACCCCACAGGAAUCCUUUCUACAGGGUGCCAUUGUAGACACUUGUUAUUGCAUAGUUGGAUUUCGCAAUUGAUUCGUUCUGCAACUCUAUAAAACUUUAGUGAAGGCUUUUCUCCUCCAUAUCACUUCCUCCCAGGAAGAGUUGGUUGGGAACUUUAAUUUUGCACUUUUGAUGGAAUGGACUAGGUACUGAAGACUGUAAUGUCUUGAUGAAUGACAAUUCAAAGCUUUCGCUUUAGGCUUCAGAAACCUAAACAUAAUAUCUUUUCUCUCCCAGAAGUUAAUUUUGAUUUGUAAUCAAUGACAUGCUAUAACUUAAGUGAAGAAUUACACCAUCUUGUUUUAGUUGCAAAUGUAUGGAAAUACAUUUUUUCACUUUAUGGAAAUGAAAAAAUGAACUCGUGGUUAUAAAGAGUAAGGUGAUUCUUUUUCAUUCUGAACCUCAAGGACUGGUCUCAACAAAAGUGAGGAGAGUAGAAGAGUUUGGGCAGCAUUGAGAUGGAAUUGAAAGAAGUAAUUGCCAACAAAUUAGUUUGUGAGGCUUCAGUUGAGUUCCUAUUUGGGAUCUUCUGUGCAAAAUGAAUGGAAAGGUGUGCUCAUCAAGUGAAUGAAAGCAAUAUUUUCACAAUCUGCUUCUUUGGUCCUUUAUAUAUUUGAUCCUGGGUUAAAAUAUUGUUUACCAGCUAUUAGCUUUAUGAAGAUGUACUAAUAAUAAUAUUUGUAAAUAACCCAGAGUUGUUUUUGAAACACAAAUCAUUU